AUGCGAGUCUCCUUGGCUCCGCUACUUAAACCCAGCCUGAAGUCCAACUUCACCACCAUGCCUUCCAUCCACCGCCAAUCCGCAAUGCCUACCGUCGUCACCAAGCCGGCGGGCCCACGCAAGGAGCGUGUGGUCGGCUUCGUCAAGGGCGAGGUCACUGGCAUCUCGCGCCCCGCCAACAUCGCCGAGUCCUGGGCUCUCUACGACUUCGAGAUGCACGCCCGUGCCUGCGCCGAGUGCCGCAACCCCUACGACGUCCACCGUUCCGGCCGCCAGCUCUGCGACGAGGGCCACCGUCUGGCCCAGCAGGUCGCGCACUUCCUCUACAUGAAGCGCGACGGCGAGGCCUACAGCACCGAGGAGGAGGACCGCCAGGUCGUCCGCGUCGAGAUCCAGCCCACGUACGAGGAGGCCCGUGGCCUGCUGCGCGCCAUCGAGCGCGGCAUCAGGCACCGCCGGCAGUUCGUCAGCAUGGACCGCUCCUACCACAUCGCGCCGCGCCUCCCGCUGCGCACCAAGAACCAGAAGCCCGUGCAGCCCGUGCAGGUUGAGCAGGCUCCUGCUCUCCCGCCGAGGCCGAAGGGCAACCACGAGCAGUACGAGUGGCCCGCCUCGCCGCGUCAGGCGGUGAUCAACGUCGCGAAGCGUGGCUCCCUGUACGAGUCCGACAUGGAGGAGCAGCGCCGCAACUUCGCCAAGUACAACAUCGAGGUGCGCGAGCCCUCGCACCGGGACAUGCGCGAGCACCGUCACUCCGGCUACUACCGAUGA